AUGCUCAGCUUGCUAGCUAACUCGGUCAUCUCCCUUACCUUCGGAUAUCAGUCUGCCCUCGAGCGGGUCUUCCGACUCAUUCACCCGGCCUACGCCAACUUCCUUCCCUUCGACGCCUUCAUAUCUUUCUCGACCAUCCGCGCGGCGCAUUUGCCAGGUCUACCUUACAACACGAUCGGCCUCUUUGCCUACGACGACCUCAACAUACACCCGGUUGACAAACUUCUGUUAGACACCGGGCUGCCUGGCCCACCUGCACCGUACUGUAUCCUCGACUUAAUCGCCCACGAACCAUCGCUCAUCAUCCCAUCUCGUUUAUUCAUACCGCACGAGGGAAGCAAUAGAAAGGAGGCCUUUCUCCAACGCACCGACAUGCUUCCCAUAUUCUUCGCUCGAUCCGAUGGCGGCUUUGGCGUUCGCAUCGACUCGAACGCGGAUUUCGACAUGCUUCUCGAUUCGCCCACCCGCGUCACCGCGCACUCUCUGAAGGUUCUCCUCCACUUAAUCAAUUACCCGUCAUACGAGAAGCAGAUUCAACUUCGCAAUACCGCGGCCAGCCCCGUGUCUUCCCGCCGCCUUGCGCGGCUCAUUGCCUCGAAGGUAUCUUACAUCGUGAAGGAAGCCGCCAGAGAGAAUGCGAGCAUCGUCCACUGGACGAAUCCCCGAUGGAAGAUGGGCUCAGGUGCAGGACGCAUCAGCGUCGCUGAUAUCGAGCUCAUGGGGAUCGUAUUCGUUUCGCGGGGUAAGGUCACGCCACUACUACGGGUGCGAUCUGACUUCGUCUUCGCCACUUGA